CUUCAGACUGGCUGAUUGAGAAAGGUUGUCAUAUAGUUUCGAGAAGGGUCACAAUACUAGCACUUUCUCUCUCACCCACACAAACUCCUUCAUGACUCCUAUUUUAAAAAGCCAAAUGCUGCAAUCAGGCAAAACCUUUUUAAGCUGAUUGGUUUCGGGUAUGUCAGUCUAAUGUACUACGAAUGUUUACGACCAGGCUGAAAUAAACCUGACUGGAAUUCCAAUUACCUUGCACAUGCACCUUAAGUAGCACUUGGAUUUAUUUUCAGGGUAUGAACAGUACCUAAAGAGUUGAGAAGUGUUUGCAUUUUAAUUAUUUUAUGCAAGUGAGUUGAUUUUUCAGAUCAAAAGGUAAAGGAGACCACUGGACUUGCUGAUUUUCUGUUCUUUUUUUAUUUUCUUUUUUCUUAAAUUAGCAACUUUUUGUCCAUUAUUAUUCCAUUAGGAGCCUUAUUAUUGUCCUUUUCUUUAGUGCCAUCGUAACAGGCUUAUAUAUAGUGACUGCAUCACUCAAAUGGAUCAAUACACACCCUGCACGUCCCUCAGGAGCUGAACUGCUGCCUCAAAGGCGAGACAGUUGUGUCAUAAUGAUGUAACUGCACCAUAGGAGUCACGAUCAUGUGAGCGUGUUGACAUCAGAGUUAGAAACAAAUGAGAAUCUGCGCACAACCUCAGCAUAUGACUUCAAUAACCCUCUUUCGCAAUGUGAGAAUAAUAGAGCAAUCGCUUACUGACGCUGGAUGUGUAGGGACUGGCGUCACUUUGCUCUAUUAAGCUUGACUGUCCUCCUGAUACACAGGGACUUGGUCUGUGUUGAGGUUUGUAGCUUGUUUCCAGACAUGAGUGCACAGGCACUUGUUCUCUCCGUCUCUCUGUAUCUGUGCCAGUCUUUCAUUCACCCUCAGUGAGUGCACAUCUGCACACGCUCAUCUCCCACUUCAAGCUCCAGCUUUAUUCUCACCCCUGGAUUAUUCGUCUAUUACAGAUGACAUGCCACAGGAAGCUGUUAGGAAACUAGAACUGCAACUGGUUUAAAAGAGAAGUCAAAGAAGAAAUCAGCUCCUAUGAUCCACUGAGCCGACACGACAUUAGCCUUUCAACGGUCUCACCACUUAAUCAUGGAGGACUCGACAGAGGUGCGGACGGACGGAAACUCUUUGCUUAAAGCAGUGUAUCUGUGCCGCCUGAGGUUGACGCGUCUGCUUCUGGAAGGAGGGGCUUACAUUAAUGAGAGUAAUGAGAGAGGAGAAACUCCACUGAUGGUGGCCUGCAAAAGCCACCAUGCCGAUGCUCAGAGUGUGCCAAAACCCAAGAUCAUCAGGUAUCUUCUUGAAAAUGGUGCGGACCCCAACAUUCAGGAUAAGUCUGGUAAGACCGCCCUAAUGCAUGCCUGCAUAGAGCGGGCAGGCGAUGAGGUGCUGUGGCUUCUGCUCUCCAGUGGAGCUGACCCUAGUUUGGAGGACCACACUGGUUCCUCCGCUCUGGUCUAUGCAGUUAAUGCUGGAGACAAGAAUGCACUGAGAGUACUACUGGACGCCUGCAAGGCCAAGGGCAAAGAAGUUAUCAUCAUUACAACAGACAAACUACCAUCCGGAAGACAAAUGACCAAGCAGUAUCUGAACGUACCACCUCCUCCAAAUCUUGAGGACCGGUUGCACUGUGCCCCUGCGUCAUGUAUGUGCCCGUCUGAAAUUAAACUCUGUACCCCUCUUAUCUCACCACCCUCCAAUAACCAAUCAGAGACCCUGGGAUCCACACCAACACUGUCCACAUCCAAGCCAGGAUCACCGACUCAAGAUUCAAGCCCUCUGCAAGCAGCUAGUGUGGCGAAGCUGUUGCAUCUACAGAGGCUUCACUCUGAGCCCUGGCUGAAGAUCCCUCCAUCUCUGCUCCUGCAGCAAAGUAAGUCCUCAUCCUUGACUGAGGAGCUUCUAGAUAUCACUCCCGAAGAGGAGCUCUCUUUUGGGUACAAUGGUUGCAGACCUCCACUGAGAGCGACAGUAGCUCGGCACCAAAGCAUCGACAUCAAGGACUCUACUGGUCUGCUUAGAGCCUUUGAGACAACAUCUGAUGCUGAAAGAGAACUAACAAAAGAACAGAAAUGGCUCAGUAGAAAAAUGUCUUAUGAUGGUGAAUUGCUACCACACUCUUCCUCACAUCAGAACCUCAAACAGGCAUCCAUCUCAGAUGCUGCCCCUGUGGACCGGAACCCAGACUGUCUUCCCAACCUGGCCGUUUCAAGCCUACGCAACGUGUUUCGCCGGCGUAACAUUGGAAUGGAACACUACAGUUCUGACUCUCAGUUGCCUCAAUUUGGGAGCCAACCCUCUGAGGACCUCGGGAAGACUGGAGGGGGAGGAACCGGGGGGACGGAGAAACGCAAGCUUGUUACCAGCCGCUCCUCCACUCUCUCUGGAUCCAGAGAGUCUCUGGAGAGUCUCGUUCAGAGGAGGAGCCCAGCCAUGCUGGAGCGGAGGGGAUCCGGAGCCCUGCUCCUAGAUCAUAUCUCGCAGACCCGGCCUGGUUAUCUGCCACCUCUCAAUCCGCAUGCACCCAUUCCAGAUAUUAAAGUCAAUACCAAUGUUGGCCUGAACAGUGGAAGCAAGCCUGUGGCAGGAACUACACCCAUUGUUUCUGGAUCGAGGCAUUUUGUGCCUUGUGCCCCGAGCCAUCCCAGAGAUCACAAGAAUAAGAAGAGUCUGCUAAGACGACACUCCAUGCAAACCGAGCAGAUCAAGCAGCUGGUCAAUUUUGAGGAGAUCUUUGGUCAGUAAACAUUUAACGUAAUAUGUCAAAUCUACACUAAGGCCCUGUCCACACUGAGAUGCGUUUAGCCGAAUACGCAUAAUUUUUUUAUCGUAUAGGUGUUUCGUCCAGAUGGAUCCGGCAUAUUGGGAGAGUUAAACCGAUAUUUUUUGAAACCGGGUCCCAGAGUGGAUAAAUCUGAAAACGCCACCCUUGCGUUUUCAUGUGUACAGCCAAUCCGUAUAUUUUUUGAAACGAUGACGUCAUCAGCCCACGUCUCGCCCCUAGUCAGACACUGUUACGUCACGUAACAGCAACAAAAACAUGAACAAACACUGAACGUGAACUAAAUGUAUUGUUCCAUGUUCAUUUGUAU